AUGGCACAACUGGUGGCUGCUGCACUUACGUUGUGCGCACUGUUCUUGACCCAGCCCAGCGCGGCGACGACCACAUCCGCGGUCCGCGUGAACAAGUGCUGCGAGAAGUUCGAGGUCGUGUACGAUGGCAAGUGUACGGUCGCCACGACAGUCAAUGCUACCGUCUGGACGCCAGAGUUUGUCGGCCGCAAGGGCGAACGGAACGUGCGGGUGGAUUACCGUUUCGUAAUCGGCCUUCCAGACUGUGGCACGAAACAAAAGUUCAAUGUCUACGACUAUCCCGAUGGUUACGAUAAGCUGAUACUCUUCACCGACGGCCAGCUACGGCACCUUAUCCUGCGGCAUCACAGCUCGCACUGGGGCAAUAUCGAUAACUUUCUCGACGAAGACUACAGCGAUGCAGGCGACGAGAGCGUUCCCCUGCUCAAGUACGACUACAUUCCGGGUCUGUACUGUAUGGAUCGAGCAUACGGCAGCAGCAGCGUCGAGGGAGCCGAACUGAUGGAGGGUUUCAUGGGGAAGGUGUGCUCACCGAAGCAGGACAUUCACUGGACGGACAGUGAUGUGAUGCUAAGAAAGAUCAUCAAUCCGAUCUGCCACGGAAUGGCAAUAAUUAUUCUACUGAUCGUGGCCAUCAUAUACUUUGUGCUUCCGACGCUGCGCGAUCUUGUUGGCAACAUGGUGACGACGAUCACGAUGUGUCUGAUCGUCAGCCAGGCGGCCGAUCUCGUGCGUAUCUUCACCGAGUUCAGCAACCACGUGAGCUUCCUGAUAGCGGACCUUUUCUUCUACGUGAGUCUGCUGGGAGCCUUCUUCUGGCUGAACGCGAUGGGAUACUACAUCUGGAAGAUGUUCCGCACGCGCAACGUGUUUUUGCGCGUAAGUGAUGGCCGCAAGUACUGUUGGUACUCGGGUUACGCGUGGGGCUGCACGGCAACAAUGGCGGGCAUCGCGCUGUUUGCCCACUUCUUCCUCGAUCUGCCCGGGCGCAGCACCAAAGCAGAGGACGGUAGCCACUCGGACGGUGUGGACGGUGUAUUCGAAAGCCAGGACAGUAUCAGCUGGCUGGGAAUCGCGGUGUUCUUCAUGCCGAUUGCGUUUAUUAUCAUCGUGAACAUCGUCUUCUUCGUGACCACGCUGCGGUUUAUCAAUCGAAUGCACACGUACGGCCGGAUCCACCACAAGCUGCGCUGUAGCUUCGUGAUGUUCACGCUUAUCUUCGCCACGAUGAGCGUGGCGUGGCUUUUCCUCAUCCUCUCCUGGCUGCAUGUCGACAGUCUACUCUAUAUGCACAUCAUUGCGAAUGCGCUGCAAGCUCCAUGCAUUCUGUACAUUUGCGUGCUGCGCCAAAAGCAUGUCACGUUUCUGGUGAAAUCAUGCUUCCGUGACCAAGUGCCCCAAACCACCGAGUGGGGCGAUGAAAUGACCUACAUGAAUGGUGGGGAUUAUUAG